AUGGCAACGGAGGAGCAAAGAAGAAAAGCUAUGAAAACCCGAUACGAAAAUCGAAAGGCUAGCGUCCUGAAAAAGGGUAAAGAACUGUCUAUGCUGUAUGAUGUUAAGGUGUGUGUCAUUAUGGUUUCCCCGGAUGGGAAAUUGGAGACUUGGCCCGACAACCUUAAUGAUGUGAAGGCAGUUCUAAGUGCGGUGAAGGAAUCUCGUUGUGUUCAAGAAUCAAGAUUCCCAAGUCCGUUAAAGGCAAGGAAAUACGUAGAAAAUUGCGGGAAUAAUGGUGCGGGUGUUGUGGACGAGGAGGAAUUGUAUGAUGUUUCUGGAGCCGAUCAAGAAAAUAAUAAUGCGAAGCAGGACAACAAUUUUGGAAUAGGCAUUCCUGGAAAGAGCCUUGUUGAUGAUAUGAGGGUAAAUCAAACGCCCACUUCUCAUUAUUCUUAUUAUCAAUGGAAUGAGAAUGGGAAUGGGGAGAGUAAUUGUGAGAAAUUUGGAAAGUACAUUGGAGAUAUGGUGAGAAAUCAAGAGUGGUCUUAUUAUGGGUGUGGAGGUAGUAGCAGCGCUAUGAACCCUAAAACCCAGUUUUGUAAUAUGCAACCAAAUCAAGAUACCUGCAGUGCUAUGAACCCUAAAACCCAGUUUUGUAAUAUGCAACCAAAUCAAGAUACCUGCAGUAGUCCUGAUCAGUAUGAGAUAGGGAGUAGCAGUACAAGUGGACUCAACUUCUCAAAUCAACAACAACCCACUCCUCUUUUUGCUUAUCAUCAACAACAGUAUGUUACUUAUAAUAGCAGUGCUUUAAACACUACUGGAGUCAAUAAUAAUUUGGUACACCCAAAUCAACAACCCACUCUUGCUUAUCAACAAUAUCCCAGUGCCUUGAAUUCAGGAGUCAAUUACCCAAAUCAAGAACCCACUCUCCCUUAUCAACAAUAUCUUAUGGGGAACAGCAGUGCCUUCAACUCUGGAGUGAAUUAUCCAAAUCAAGAACCCAGUAGGAGUCUUGCUUAUCAGCACUAUGACAUUGGGAUUUGGGACUAG